GUCGGUUUAAUGCUGACGCAAGAAGGUGACAUUAUAGUAGCGUCAAAGAAGGUCGCGGAAAUUUCAACGCUUGUUAAUAUUCUUUUCCAGAAAGAUAUCGUUUGGAGCCACUGGUCAUGACGACUCUGGACGACAAGCUCCUGGGGGAGAAGCUGCAGUAUUACUACAGCAGCAGUGAGGAUGAGGAGAGUGAUCAUGAGGAAGACGAAGGCCAGUCCAAAACCAUCAGGAACCAGGAAGUGCUUCAGACUGAAAUCGACUACAGUCCUGAUGGCACUGCUGUUAACACCGGUCCAAAAGGAGUGCUCAACGACUGGAGGAAGUACAAGCAGCUUGAGACGGAACAGCGAGCCGAGCAACAGAAGGAGAUGGAGCGUCUGAUAAAGAAGCUAAGCAUGACCUGUAGAUCACAUCUGGAUGAAGAACUGGACAAGCAGAAGCAGAAUGAUCUGCAGGAUAAGCUUAACGGCAAGGUAACGCUGCGAGUCGAUAAGGAGGAGGACAACGACGAUGAAGCCUUUCUCCAGCAGUACCGGCUGCAGCGUAUGGAGGAAAUGAGGCGGCAGCUGAGUGGCGGGCGACGUUUUGAGCGCGUCAUCUCCAUUUCCUCAGGCGAGGAGUUCCUGCGCGCCAUUGACGAGGAGGGCAGAAGCACUCUAGUGCUGGUGCACAUUUUCGAGCCUGAUGUGCCCGCCUGCCAGGCCAUGAGGGGAAGCCUGAUUUGUCUCGCUCUGCAAUACCCGGAGGUGAAGUUCUGUGCGGCGCAGGGCACAGUGCUGGGCACCAGUGCUCUGUUUCGCAGCUCAGCGCUGCCCGCACUCCUACUGUACCGCGGUGGCGAUCUGGUGGGCAACCUGGUCCGUGUCUCUGACCAGCUGGGUGACGACUUCUACGCCACUGAUGUGGAGGCACUGCUACAGGAGUACGGCCUGCUCCCUGAGAAACACCCAAACACACAUUCAUCCAUCCAUACUGGCAACACCAACGACUCUGACAGUGACCUGGAGAUAGACUAAAGGAAAUUAAAUACACAAUAUGUACACACUUCCACACAAUAUCUCCUUGCUGACUGAAAUGACCAAAAUCAGUUACUGCGUGUACACACACAAACACACAACUCUCCAGCAAUUUAUACAGUGGCCCAGAAUUGGACUGUAUGCACCUAAUGUGUACGCAAGGCAAUUGUAUAACAGUUUACGACCAUUUGAAGUGACCAAAUCACAGAUGGAUGGACACACACAUACACUACUGAUUUUAAUUAGUGGACCUGGUACACAAUUUUUUGUACAAAUCUUAAUUCACUGGACCAAAAUGUGUGCAGGAUAUUCAGGUGUGUGUGUGUAGUGUGGUGUAAACAAAAAUAAUAUUGCAUGUCCUCUCAGAAAUGUUGGAUGGUUUUGGGGGUACCAAGGUAAAGGUUUGUCCUAGCACUGUUUUAAUACAGUAAUACCCAAGCUGAUGAAAAUCCCCGAAAGAAUAUUAGAUUGUUUCAGCAUGUAAUCCUAAUCGGAAUCUUAUGAAAUAUGUUCCUAUGUUUAUUUUAUAAUGAAAGCCUUUAUUUGUGCUCUAUGCAUUCAUGGAGGCAGAACAAGUCAAACAUCUGUGUGUUACUAUUUAUUCUAGUUUUAGCUGAAUGUAAAAUAUUUUUGUUUCCAUCUGCAUUGUUUUAGCUUUACAUGGAAAGACACCUGUUAGUUUUUUACAGUUUAUAUGUGUCCAAUCUGUUAACAAUGAAAUAAAAAAAGCUUAUGUUCUGA